AUGGCCCAGGAAUAUCAGCUCUAUAUCAACGGCAAACAAUGCCAGGGUGGCCGCCCAAGCGAAGACACGAUCAAUCCGUACACCAAUAAGCCUUGGGCGAAGGUGGCACAGGCAUCCGUCGAAGACGUACAGGCUGCAAUUCGAGCGGCCGAGGUGGCUUUUGAAAGCUGGUCCAAAGUUCCCGGGGUCCAGAGAGCCAAACUGCUGAACAAGCUGGCCGAUCUGAUCGAGGAAGACGCUGAGUCGCUAUCAAUAAUCGAGUCGUCCGACAAUGGCAAGAUUCGACGCGAGACAAAAAGCCAGAUGUUCUUUUCCGCCAGAAACUAUCGGUUCUUUGCUGGGAUGGCCGACAAGUUGACCGGCGAGGUGAAGCCGAUGGACAACCCGCAGGUCUUCGACUACACCAUGCGCGAGCCUUAUGGCGUUUGUGCUUUGAUCACGCCGUGGAACAGUCCCAUUGCUAUCCUCACCAACAAGCUGGCUCCGUGUCUCGCAGCAGGAAACACGUGCGUGGUUAAGCCCUCGGAGUAUACAUCAGUGAGCACGCUAUACUUCGCCAAACUUGUCGAGAAGGCAGGAUUCCCGCCCGGUGUGUUCAAUGUCGUGACAGGAAAGGCAGAAGUCGGCAAGGCUUUGGUGACCAACCCGGCUAUCGGUCGCAUCAGUUUCACGGGUAGUGUCGAUAUCGGGCGCAUAGUCGCUCAGCAGGGCGCGCAAAAUAUUAUUCCCGUGACGCUCGAGCUUGGAGGAAAGUCAGCGAACAUCAUUCUGGAUGAUGCUGAGCUGGACCGGGCGAUCCCAGGCAGCGUCGCGGGCAUCUUUGCUGCGUCGGGCCAGACAUGCAUCGCGGGCUCACGGCUACUGGUCCAUCGAUCAGUUUACGAUACCGUGGUCAACGGGAUCCUGGAGAGGAUCAAAUCGAUCAGAUUCGGCGACCCGCAAGACAUGACCACAGACAUUGGACCUGCUGCGCACGCCGCACAAUGGGAAGCUAUACACCAACACAUCGACAAGGCCGAGAAAGCCGGCGCGAAACUACUGGUGGGCGGGAGAGAGGCGAGCAAAAAGAUCGGAGGACUCUUUGUCGCGCCGACGGUCUUUGGCAACGUCGAUCCGAACAGCGACCUCGCGCAAAAGGAAAUCUUUGGGCCCGUGCUCGCAGUAAUCCCCUUCGAUUCGGACGAGCAGGCCGUCAAGAUCGCCAACGGCACCAUCUUCGGCCUCGCCGCCGGGAUCUGGACCAUGAACAUCCGGCGCGCCCAUAAACUGGCCAGCCAGCUCAAAGCGGGUCAAAUCUGGGUCAAUACGUACCGGGCGGGUGCCGCCAUGGCUCCUUUUGGCGGGUAUGGACAAAGUGGAUAUGGCAAGGAGCGCGGGACGGAGGCAUUGCUGGAAUACACACGGAUCAAGAACGUCAUGGUCGACCUCAGCGACGAGGUGAGGGAUCCAUUCACUAUCAAGGUCUAG